AUGGUGGUUCAACGGCGGAGACUCGGACGUGGUCAUUGUCUUCUUGGGUAUACACCUGGCCAAUUCACCUAUUUCUUCUUGGCAGGAACCAUAGGUAUCCUGCGGGGUUUAUCAACUGAAUUUGUCAGCAGAGCUUAUAACAUAAAUGAAGAAGAAGCUCACUUGCUCGUGAACAGUCAAACCGGUGUUCUGAUUGUUAAACUUGAAGAAGGAAUCAACAUGCCUCAGCCAUGCAAGGACAAUACCAAAGAGGGAUUGGUUGCCAACAUUGAUGAAGCUGUACCAGAUGUUGCGGUGAAGAAUGACGGAUUGCUCUCUUUGAUCACAUCGGAGAAUUUUCCGGUGCUUGGACAGAUCGGACUCAGUGCAAGUCUUGCAAAAUUGGAAGCUAAUGCCAUGUUGGCUCCCAUGUACACAGCAGAUUCAUCAGUUCAAAUGGUUUAUGUCAGCAGUGGCAGUGGAAGGGUUCAAAUGGUGGGGUUUAAUGGUCAGAAUGCUUUGGACACCAAAGUGCAGGCAGGGAAGCUUUUUGUUGUACCCAAAUUCGUCACUGUUUCAGUAAUUGCAGAAGGAGAAGGAAUGGAGUGUUUCUCUAUCCUAACAUCUUCAAAGUAA